UGAUCCCGCUGUGGCCGCGGCCAUGUGCUAAUCAGCUGAUGCGCCACAGCCGCCCCUCCGCCCUAUUUAACGGCCGCUCGGGGUGCACCGCCGCGCCCAGCAGCUCCGCGCCCUCCGGUGCACAGACGCCAUGCCGCCGUUUGACAAACCCCAGCUGCAGAACAAACCCUUCAAACUGAGGAAGAGCUUCGCUACGAGGAAACACGAGGUGGCGGGGAUCCGGUCCAAGUUCCCCAACAAGAUCCCGGUGAUCAUCGAGCGCUACGAGCGGGAGAAGUAUCUGCCGCUGCUGGACAAAACCAAGUUCCUGGUGCCGCACGAGCUCACCAUGACGCAGUUCGUCACCAUCAUCAGGAACAGGAUGGCGCUGCUGCCCUCGCAGGCCUUCUACCUGCUCGUCAACAACAGCGGGCUGGCCAGCAUGUCCCUCACCAUGGCUCAGGUGUACAAAGACCACCAGGACGAGGACGGCUUCCUCUACAUGACCUACGCCUCGCAGGAGAUGUUCGGACACUGACGCAAACCGCUUCCUACUUUAGCUUUUAUUCCAUGUUAAAGGCCGCUGCCUUCUCUAUCGGCUGUAAAAAGAGAGAUUUUUGUAUAUAUUUGUUGUACAUGUGAUUGUGGAUUUUAAGUCAAAUAUGUGUAUCUAAUAAAUCUUAAGUCAAACUGA